AUGACUGCUACGAACACAAACGGCCACCCUCCCACAGUUACCGUCCUACCUCAGACGAAGUAUCUGGUGAGCUUGAUGACCGUGAUCAGGGAUGCACAGACCGGCUGCCCCGCGUUCGUCGAUGCCUUCGAGAAGGUUUGCACCCAGUUGAUGCCUGCAGCGUUGGAGCUGCUACCAACAGAAAGCCGAGAUGUGACCACGCCGACCGGGACUGUCUUCUCGGGGCUGUCCCACUCCCAGCCAAUCUGCGGCGUCAGCAUCUUGCGUGCUGGUGCUAGCAUGGAGAACUCUCUCCGAAAUUCGUAUCUGGGCCCAUUGAGCUACGGCAAGAUUCUGAUACAACGAGAUGAGGAGACCUGUCUACCGCACUACGUUUACUGCAAACUACCGAAAGACAUCGCCAAUAAAAAGGUGCUAAUUCUCGAGCCCAUGCUGGCCACGGGCGGUUCGGCCGCGAAGGCCAUCGAGGUUCUCAAGGAUAACGGAGUGCAGGAGCCCAACAUCAUUUUCGUGAACUUGGUGGCCUCGAGAAAGGGGCUGGACGUUGUGACGAAGAAGUUCCCGGCCAUGCAGAUCGUGACGGCUGCAAUUGACAACGACCUGACUGCAUCAAACCAUAUUGCCCCUGGAUUGGGUGACUUUGGUGACCGGUUCUACGGGACGACUGACUGA